GCCGCCGGCGGUUACAGGAGUCUGCGCGCCCAGUGUCGCCGCUCGUCUCGUCCGCAGUCCGUGUCGCCGAGGCCGUCGCCAUGAGGGAGAUCGUGCACCUGCAGGCUGGCCAGUGCGGCAACCAGAUCGGCGCCAAGUUCUGGGAGGUGAUCAGCGACGAGCACGGGAUCGAUCCCACGGGCACCUACCAUGGCGACAGCGACCUGCAGCUGGAGCGGAUCAACGUCUACUACAACGAGGCCACGGGCGGCAAGUACGUUCCCCGAGCCGUGCUGGUGGACCUGGAGCCCGGGACUAUGGACUCCGUCCGCUCUGGGCCUUUCGGGCAGAUCUUCAGGCCGGAUAACUUCGUCUUCGGCCAGAGCGGGGCCGGGAACAACUGGGCCAAGGGCCACUACACGGAGGGGGCCGAGCUGGUGGACUCGGUGCUGGACGUGGUCCGGAAGGAGGCGGAGAGCUGCGACUGCCUGCAGGGCUUCCAGCUGACCCACUCGCUGGGCGGGGGCACCGGCUCGGGCAUGGGCACGCUGCUCAUCAGCAAGAUCCGCGAGGAGUACCCCGACCGCAUCAUGAACACUUUCAGCGUGGUGCCCUCGCCCAAGGUGUCGGACACGGUGGUGGAGCCGUACAACGCCACCCUGUCGGUCCACCAGCUGGUGGAGAACACGGACGAGACCUACUGCAUCGACAACGAGGCCCUGUACGACAUCUGCUUCCGCACCCUCAAGCUGACCACGCCCACCUACGGCGACCUCAACCACCUGGUGUCGGCCACCAUGAGCGGGGUCACCACCUGCCUGCGGUUCCCCGGCCAGCUCAACGCCGACCUGCGCAAGCUGGCCGUCAACAUGGUGCCCUUCCCCCGCCUGCACUUCUUCAUGCCGGGCUUCGCCCCGCUGACCAGCCGCGGCAGCCAGCAGUACCGGGCCCUGACGGUGCCCGAGCUGACCCAGCAGAUGUUCGACGCCAAGAACAUGAUGGCCGCCUGCGACCCCCGCCACGGCCGCUACCUGACGGUGGCCGCCAUCUUCCGGGGCCGCAUGUCCAUGAAGGAGGUGGACGAGCAGAUGCUCAACGUGCAGAACAAGAACAGCAGCUACUUCGUGGAGUGGAUCCCCAACAACGUCAAGACGGCCGUGUGCGACAUCCCGCCCCGCGGGCUGAAGAUGUCCGCCACCUUCAUCGGCAACAGCACGGCCAUCCAGGAGCUGUUCAAGCGCAUCUCGGAGCAGUUCACCGCCAUGUUCCGCCGCAAGGCCUUCCUGCACUGGUACACGGGCGAGGGCAUGGACGAGAUGGAGUUCACCGAGGCCGAGAGCAACAUGAACGACCUCGUCUCCGAGUACCAGCAGUACCAGGACGCCACGGCCGAGGAGGAGGGCGAGUUCGAGGAGGAGGCGGAAGAGGAGGUGGCCUAAGAGGCGCCCGGGGGGGGGGGGGGGGGCCGCCGCCGCCUCUCUGUAAAUUAUGUCGGAAAGCCGUACGGACUCUCUUUAUUCGUCCACCUGUCUUCCUGCCGCUCGGCCCGUCCGGGCGCUCUCCCUCCCUCCUGUUCUUUUCUUUUUUUUUUUCCUUCUCUUCUCUCUCUCUCUUCCUCUCCCGUUCUCCUCACCUCCCGUUUCCUGUUCUUUUACCAUCCAAGGCUGUACAGACAACAUCACAAUUAAAGCGUUUUUUUUUUCAUA